AUGCUUGCUUCUAUCCUCUCCUUUAUAGGAUGGUCAUAUCUCCCAGACAUAGCAACCCGCCGGCUUCUUCCCGUCUACCACCAUUUCUAUCGAGUCCUCCUCGGCCGUCAACCUCCACCUCCCGGAACUCCUUUGUACUCUCGCCACUAUCGCUAUGUCUAUGCUUUCGCUGUUCUCAGCUAUCUGUUGUACAAUUUCUACGAAGCUGCAGUCUCCAUGUCACCAAAUUAUUACGAGCUGCUCGGCGUCGAUCCAGUUGCAGACGAAAAUACGUUGAAACUGGCCUUCAGACAGUUUGCCCGGAAGAACCACCCAGACCGCGUCGGAGCACAGGGAGAGGCGGUCUUUAUCGAAGUGCGCGAUGCUUUCGAGGCGUUGAAAAAUCCGGUGACGCGGUUUGCGUAUGACAGGUUUGGUCCAGAAGCGAUCCACUGGACACACUGCACAACUCUCCGAGAAUACAUCCGCCACGGACUCAUGCAAUCCGCUGGCUUCCACAUAGUUGCUGCCUGUGCGCUCUUGCUAUUUUCUGCGAUAGGAAAGCCAAGUUAUGUUGCAUUUUGGCGCUACGUGUUGUUUGCGGCAGUGUUCGCCUACGAACUCACAUUCAUCCUGAGUCCGUCAGUGUGUUCGCCGUCGCAGCAUACGUUCUCUUCUGUCCUGUUCUCUGAGCCCGGGACGCCAACGCAUACCGGCUUCUUCACUUGGCUAUGGCCUCGGCGAGUUGCAUACCAGCACAUUCGGUUUCUGCAUUCAUUAUUCCUAUUCAUGUCCAUUGCGCUAUCCAGAGUCGCACCUGUGUUGUUCCCGCCAGUUGGAGAUGAGUUUGCAGAUCCACAAAAGCUGCAAGCUACAAUUGAGCGAAUUGGGCUGCUCGCCAAGGCGGUCGAACGCGACGCGGCCCAACAGAUACACACAGAGCUUCACUCCGUGCAUGGCCCACUGACAAACACGCAGCCGACCGACAGCGGCGCCCACUUCUCGCGCCUACCACCAUGCGAGCACCCCGCACCGGAGGUUAUGGAACGCUUGUCGACGCAAAUGGAGAACAUGUUCAUCGAGAGCAAGCUCAUGGAUGGCGGGCCCCUGAAGAGCGUUGUGGAUGCCGCGGUUGAGGGGAGACGGCGGGCGGCGAGCGAGCAGCACGUGACAUCGGUGCGGCUGGGCAUUCCUUCGCCUACGCCGUCGCCUCCGCCGGAGAGGACGCCAGUACGGAGGAUGCAGGCCACGACGGUGUCAGCUGGGAAUGAGCGGCAGGAGAAGCCUGUAGGUUAUAUUCGCGCGCGGUCGAUAUCGUGCUGA